CAAAGAAGGAUAAAUCUGCAAUUAUGAACCUUUUUGCUACUUCUCCCUUUGGAAUUAUAUUAUUCCUGUCUACCUUGGUACAGAAGAGCAAUGGCAAAUGUAAAGAAGCAGGUUCAAAGCCAGAGAUGAAUUUGAGCAUCCAGUACCAACUUCCACAUUUCAUUGCAGAAACCCCGAUACAAAAUAUUAUUCUCUACAAACAGCACUUGUAUGUAGGUGCAGUCAAUAAAAUCUAUGUCUUAAAUGAAACUCUUCAGAACGUCUAUGAAUACAAGACUGGACCUGUUCUGGAGAAUCCAAGUUGUGCUCCAUGUGAUGAGUGUAAGCCUAAAGGAAAUCAAUCUGAUAUUUGGACAGAUAACAUUAACAUGGCUCUGCUCUUGGAAACAUACUAUGAUCAUCAUCUUAUCAGCUGUGGUAGUGUAGCCAAAGGAACCUGUCAACGCCAUGUCAUUUAUCCUGAUAAUCCUGCUGACAUUGGAAGUAGAGUACACUGCAUGUAUUCCAAACUGAUGGAUGAGGAGUCAGAUGAGUGUCCUGACUGUGUUGUAAGCCCCUUAGGAACCAAAAUUCUGGUGGCAGAAAAAGAAAGAUUUGUAUACUUCUAUGUUGGCAAUACUGUAAGUAAUUCACCCCAGCAGGACCAUUUACUUCAUUCAAUAUCUGUUCGAAGAUUAAAAGAAACUCUGGAUGGAUUUGAGUUCCUCACGGCUUAUUCUUACAUUGACAUUCUUCCAGAAUUCAGGGAUUCAUACCCCAUCAAGUACGUUCAUGCAUUCGAAAAGGACCAUUUUGUGUACUUCCUUACUGUUCAAAGAGAAUCUCUUGACUCCCAAGCUUUUCAUACAAGGAUUAUACGGUUUUGUUCUUUUGAUUCUGAGUUGCAUUCAUACGUGGAAAUGCCCCUUGAAUGCAUUUACACUGAAAAACGUAAGAAGAGGUCAGCUAAGAGGUCAAAUGAGGUUUUUAAUAUUUUACAAGCUGCAUAUAUUGGUAAGCCAGGUGCAACCUUAGCCCAGCAAAUGGGCCUUAAUAUAAAUGAUGAUAUUUUAUUUGGGGCUUUUGCCCAGAGUAAACCAGACUCUUCAAACCCGACUCCUAAAUCUGCUGUUUGUGCAGUUUCUAUCAAAACCAUUAAUGAAUUCUUUGGCAAGAUUGUAGACAAGCAAAACAUGAAAUGUCUGCAGCAUCUCUAUAAGAACACCAACAAAUACUGUCUGAACAAGACUUUUUUAAGAAACACAUCUUACUGUGGAGCUCAAGAUGACGAGUAUCGGGUGGAGGUUACUACAGCUUUGCAGCGAAUUGACUUAUUCACAGAGCAAUUCAACACUAUCCUCUUAACUUCUAUAUCUGUCUUCAUUAAAGGGGAUCUUACUAUAGCAAAUCUGGGGACAUCUGAAGGACACUUUAUGCAAAUAGUGAUCUCUCGUUCUGAACGCACAACACCAUACAUGCAUUUCCAUUUAGAUUCCCAGCCUGUUUCUUCAGAAGUUAUCAUUGAGAAUUCCCUCAGCAAUGAUGGGCAUAUUCUGGUGAUCACUGGGAAGAAGGUAACCAAGAUUCCUCUAAAUGGACCAGGAUGUUCUCACUUCAGCACCUGUGGUCAGUGCCUUCUAGCACCUUCUUUUAUGAACUGUGGAUGGUGUGGCAAUCAGUGUGUGAGGCCACAGGAAUGCAGUAUAGGAGGAUGGACACAGAACAUAUGUUUACCUAAAAUCUCUGAGAUUAUUCCAAAAAGUGCUGCUUUUGAUGCUUCAACAAGACUGACACUGUGCGGGUGGGAUUUUGGAUUUAGUAAAAAUAAUAAGCCCAGCUUUAAAAAAAUAUCAGUCUUUGUCGGGGAACAGCGAUGCAUUGUGGAUGGCAGGGCUAGUGACAAAAACAAAUUGGAAUGCAAGCUUGGGCCUGUAAAGAACACAAGUUUCAAUGUUUCAAGCAGUGUUUCAAAUGGACAAGCUAAUACCUCUUUCAAUACAUUUUCUUAUGUGGAUCCGAGAAUAAGGCAGAUUUCUCCUAACUAUGGUCCAAGAUCUGGCAGAACAUUGUUGACAUUGACUGGGAACUAUUUAAACAGCGGGAAUUUGCAAGAAAUUUCUAUCUGCAAAAAGCAGUGCAGCCUAACCAGUGUGACUGCCAAUACCAUAGAAUGUUACAGUCCUUCUCAAAGAGAAACAUUGGAAUGCCUUGUUGAAAUGAAAAUUGAUUCAGCCAGUCGUUCAGCAGGUCAUUUUACCUACAGAGAAGACCCUGUUGUUUCUAAAAUUUAUCCAGUAAAAUCUUUCCUUAGCGGUGGAAGUACAAUUACAGCUCAAGGAAUAAACCUAAAUUCAGCAUUGUCUCCAAAGAUGUUGGUGACAGUCCCAAAGAUAGGCAGAAACUUCAGUGUGGCAUGUGACCACCGUUCAGACUCUGAAAUAAUCUGUUGUACAACUCCUUCGCUGAAAGCCUAUGAGCUGAUGCUGCCUUUUGUGACAAAAGUGUUUUUCGUUUUUGAUGGUGUCACUUCAUCUGGUUUUAAUUUUGAUUAUGUGAAUGACCCUGACUUUACCAUUUCUGAAACACCAUUGUUGAUUUCCAAGGGAAGUCAGAAUGUAAUAAUUAAGGGAAGUAACAUUGACUCUGAAGCGGUGAAAGGCGAAGUAUUAAAAGUUGGAAACAAGAGUUGUGAGAACAUCAUCUUGAAGUUGCAGUCCGUUUCUUGUACCAUUCCUAAGGAGCUUCUCGAAACCAACCACGAAUUAAAUAUAGUGUGGAAAAAAGAAAUUUCAUCAACAGUUAUUGGGAAAGUAAUGAUUCAACCAGACUCAAAUUUCACAGGACUCAUUGCAGGCCUUGUGGCAACAACAGUUUUUCUCUUGCUGCUAGCAUUUGGAUUUCUCUUUUGGAGAAAAAAGAGAAAGCAAAUCAAAGAUUUAGAUGGAGAGAUUGUUCGCUAUGAUGGACGAGUACACACUCCACAUUUGGACAGGCUUGUGAGUGCAAGGAGUAUAAGUCCUACAACUGAAUUAGUGUCAAGUGAAUCUGUAGACUAUAGAUCAACUUUUUUGGAAGACCAAUUUCCAACUUUAUCUCAGAAUGGAUCUUGCAGGCCAACCCAAUAUCCUCAUGUGGACCUAUCUCCCAUUCUGUCUACUGGAGACUCCGAUUUAGCUAGUCCUUUAUUACAGACUAAUGUUCACAUUGACAUCAAUGCCUUAAAUCCAGAUCUGGUCAAAGAAGUUGAGCAUGUUGUUAUUGGUGCUGAUAAUAUGAUCGUUCACUUCAGUGAAGUAAUAGGAAGAGGGCAUUUUGGAUGUGUUUAUCAUGGAACUUUAUUGGAUACUGAUGGCAAGAAAAUUCAUUGUGCUGUGAAAUCCUUGAACAGAAUUACAGAUUUGGAUGAAGUAGCUCAGUUCUUAAAAGAAGGAAUUAUAAUGAAGGAUUUCACUCAUCCCAAUGUCCUUUCAUUACUUGGAAUUUGCUUGCCUAAUGAAGGUUCUCCUUUGGUGGUGCUUCCCUAUAUGAAACAUGGAGAUCUUCGAAACUUCAUUAGAAAUGAAUCUCAUAAUCCAACAGUGAAGGAUCUGAUUGGAUUUGGUCUGCAAGUAGCAAAAGGGAUGAAAUAUCUUGCAAGCAAAAAGUUUGUCCAUAGAGAUUUAGCAGCAAGAAAUUGUAUGCUGGAUGAAAAUUUCAUAGUCAAGGUUGCUGAUUUUGGACUUGCAAGAGAUGUAUAUGAUAAGGAGUAUUACAGUGUACACAAUAAAACAGGAGCAAAAUUGCCAGUAAAAUGGAUGGCUUUAGAAAGUUUGCAAACCCAGAAAUUCACUACAAAGUCAGAUGUGUGGUCCUUUGGUGUUUUGCUGUGGGAGCUGAUGACAAGAGGAGCCCCUCCGUAUCCUGAUAUCAGCUCUUUUGAUAUUACCGUUUAUUUACUCCAAGGAAGGAGGCUCUUGCAGCCUGAAUACUGUCCUGACCCACUAUAUGAAGUCAUGCUCAAGUGUUGGCAUCCAAAGCCUGAACUACGGCCAGCCUUUUCUGAGCUAGUUUCAGAUAUAUCUAUGAUCUUCUCCACUUUUAUUGGGGAACAUUAUGUCCAUGUGAAUGCCACCUACGUCAAUGUGAAAUGUGUCACACCCUAUCCGUCUCUGUUGUCAUCACAAGAUAAUAUAGAUAGAAAUGCAGAUACAUGAUGAAGUUCAUUAAACUGAGCUAAAGGGGACAGGGCAUUAAAUAAUGGCCAACUACUUUUUUAAGUGUUUUCUGUGUGUGGAACCACUGCAUAUGUGUAUAUGUUGUUAAAAUUGCACUAUUUUGAGGAGGCAAUUCCAAGUUGCUGAAAUCUACAAAAUAAAUGUAUUGUUGGAUAUCGUUUUCAAGUGAGAUGGGGAAUUGCAGCAACUACCACUGCAGUGGAAAUUCUUCAUCUGCUGCCAAAUAUCACUCACUGUGAACAAUCUGGCUACUGUUAUACUGUUAUUGACUUACACCAGUUUGUUUUUAAAAAGUGACUUAUGACCAUGUUUCACACUUACGACCAUUGCAAUUUCCCCACGGUGAUGUGAUUUACAUUCAGAUGCUUGACAACUCACAUUUAUGACGGUUGCAGUGUC